AUGACGAGUGCUCGCUCGCUCUUGCAGACACAACCGGCCGCCGGCGUGCAGAUCGCCCGCUGCCGCCCCCGCAGCGCAGCCCCGGGCCGCGGCAGGCGAAGGGAAGCUCGGGUUCAGGCCGCGGCAGGCCCCGACUUGGGGGCUGAUCGCCCGCAGGAAGGCAGCGCCGCGGCGGGAGCGCCCGGGCGCCCGCAGCAAGCCAGCAGCGAUGACCAGCCGCCGCCACAGCAGCACAUCAACGGCAACGGCAGAGUGCAGCAUCUGCCCAGCUCGCUGUAUGCCAACUUCCCCAAGCUGCCGCCCGACGGCAGCACGCUCACGCCAGAGGAAGCCAAGUGCAAUCCCGAGGUGGAGCGCUGCCACACGCCCAUCCAUGUCUGGGAGGCACGCUGCACCGCCUGCGAUGGCACCGGCACCGCGCGCAGCUACACCUCGCACGGCCGCCACCGUCUCGUCUGCGUGUGCCUGCUGUGCCACGGGCUGGGCUACGUGCGGCACAGCACCACCCACCAGCACACAGUGCCUUACGUGAACGGCUCGGGGCCCAACACCACGAUAGGCCGCCCGCCGCCGCCGGAGAGCAAAGUGCACCGCUUCCACUGGCCGGGCAGCGGCGGCGGCAACGGCAGCAACGGCAGCCCGUUCGGCAAGAAGUGA